AUGCUAUUGAAAACAGUGAUGUUGUUAUAUUCUUUCAGCGAAUGGGUCCCCUUUUACUACACCAGUUCCAUGGCUAUUGGAGUUCUAGCUGUUGUUCUCAUAUUACUCUAUCAGGCAAGGAAAUUGUUGCCAACUGGCAGGAGAAAUGCAUUUUACCUUGGUAUAAUGUCCACAUUACUUGGAGCAGGAUCUUUUGUGGUGCAUAGCCUCUCAGCAUUUUUGAAUUCAUUUCUCCAAAACUUUGGGAUAAGUCAAGAAGUCCAGAACCCAGUUUCUGUUUUUGUGGUGCUUGGAAUCAUUUUGUUAGGAGCUGGUUUCGGAUAUUGGAUGGUGAGGAAAUAUAUUAUUUCUGAAGAUGGAAAAGUUGAUGUUGGAGUUGCAGUCACAUGUAUUAUCCUGCUGAGGCUUGUGUUAUCUUUUUCAAAGAAUGAAAGACACCCCUUUGGAAAUGGCUGCAGUGGGGUCUUGUUUGGGUGUAUACUACAUGAUCACGAAGAUUGUAAGGAAAAUGCCAUGUAG